GCGGGAGCGAGGGGCGCCGUCCGCCUGAGGGGCUGCAGACCCCAGCUCCCGCGAGCGCCGCGGCUGGCUUGCCUGUUCCAUGUGGCUCCGGCGGGGAUGGAGGACCCGGUGGCGGCGGCGGCGGCUGCUGCUGCGGUGGCGACGGAGAAGCGGCUCUGAGGAGGGAACCGGGCCAGACUCAGCCCGACAGCGGGAUUAGAGUUCUCCAGAAUACACGUCAUAUAGUCCCUGAGGUGGAAUGAUGUCUCCAUGAGGGAACCUCCUCUCACUCAUCCUGUCAUGUAUAUCAUACUGUUCUUGACUGGUCCAUUCAUCUAAGAUGGGAUUUACCCUGUGAAAUAGGGAGAAGACUUAUGGACCCCAAACAUCAUUUCAAGUUGUAGUUGAGUUUUUAAAGUACAGACACAUGCAAAGCUCCUUUGCUUUGGACCCUCUGCUUUAUUAAAGCUGCUGUGUUGCUAACCCAGAACUGCUCCAGUGAUCAUCAUGGCUUCAGUUUGGAAGAGACUGCAGCGUGUGGGAAAACAUGCAUCCAAGUUCCAGUUUGUGGCCUCCUACCAGGAGCUGAUGGUUGAGUGUACAAAGAAAUGGCAACCAGAUAAACUGGUGGUAGUUUGGACAAGAAGAAGCAGAAGGAAGUCUUCUAAGGCUCAUAGCUGGCAACCUGGAAUUAAAAAUCCAUACCGUGGUGUUGUUGUGUGGCCUGUUCCUGAAAACAUUGAAAUCACUGUAACGCUUUUUAAGGAUCCUCAUGCAGAGGAAUUUGAAGACAAAGAGUGGACAUUUGUUAUAGAAAAUGAAUCCCCUUCUGGUCGAAGGAAAGCUCUUGCUACUAGCAGCAUUAAUAUGAAACAGUAUGCAAGCCCUAUGCCAACCCAGACUGAUGUCAAGUUAAAAUUUAAGCCAUUGUCUAAAAAAGUUGUGUCUGCCACUCUCCAGUUUUCAUUAUCUUGCAUUUUCCUUCGGGAAGGAAAAGCCACGGAUGAAGACAUGCAAAGUUUGGCUAGUUUGAUGAGUAUGAAGCAGGCUGACAUUGGCAAUUUAGAUGACUUUGAAGAAGAUAAUGAAGAUGAUGAUGAGAACCGAGUGGACCAAGAGGAAAAGGCAGCAAAAAUUACAGAAAUUGUAAACCAGUUGAAUGCUCUGAGCAGCUUAGAUGAAGAUCAAGAUGACUGCAUAAAGCAAGCAAAUAUGCCUUCAGCUAAAUCAGCCAGUUCCUCUGAAGAGCUUAUCAACAAACUUAACUUUUUAGAUGAAGCAGAAAAGGACUUGGCCACUGUGAAUUCAAAUCCAUUUGAUGAUCCUGAUGUAGCAGACUUAAAUCCAUUUGGAGAUCCUGACUUAGAAGAACCAAUCACUGAAACAGCUUCACCUGAAAAAUCAGAAGAAUCUUUCUAUAAUAACAGUUAUAAUCCCUUUAAAGAGAUGCAGACUCCACAGUAUUUGAACCCAUUUGAUGAGCCAGAAACUUUUAUAACUAUAAAGGAUUCUCCUCCCCAGUCUACAAAAAGAAAAAAUAUAAGACCUGUGGACAUGAGCAAGUACCUUUAUGCUGAUAGUUCUAAAACUGAAGAAGAAGAGUUGGAUGAAUCAAAUCCUUUUUAUGAACCGACACCAGCUCUUCCUGUAAGUAAUUUGGUAACUCCAGUUCAAGAACUGGAAACUGAAAGGAGAGUAAAAAGAAAGGCCCCAGCCCCACCAGUCCUCUCACUGAGGACAGGAGGAGUAAUUGAAAACACAGUUGUAUCUACAGGAAGAAAUCUCUGUACUUCUCCAAAGCCAAGUCCUAUACCAAGUCCUGUGUUGGGGCGAAAGCCAAAUGCUAGUCAGUCAUUGCUUGUAUGGUGCAAAGAAGUUACGAAAAACUACCGGGGAGUAAAAAUCACCAAUUUUACUACAUCAUGGAGAAAUGGUUUAUCUUUUUGUGCAAUAUUACACCAUUUUAGACCAGAUUUAAUUGACUACAAGUCUCUGAAUCCACAAGAUAUUAAAGAGAACAACAAAAAGGCAUACGAUGGAUUCGCCAGCAUAGGAAUUUCCCGAUUAUUGGAACCUUCUGAUAUGGUUUUAUUAGCAAUUCCUGACAAACUGACUGUUAUGACUUAUCUCUAUCAAAUAAGGGCACAUUUCAGUGGCCAAGAACUAAAUGUCGUUCAGAUAGAGGAAAACAGCAGUAAAAGCACAUAUAAAGUUGGGAACUAUGAAACUGAUACAAACAGUUCUGUUGAUCAAGAAAAAUUCUAUGCAGAGCUUAGUGAUCUGAAGCGGGAGCCUGAACUACAAGAGCCUACCAGUGGAGCAGUAGACUUCGUAUCACAGGAUGACUCUGUAUUUGUAAAUGAUAGUGGGGUUGGAGAGUCAGAAAGUGAGCAUCAGACGCCUGAUGAUCACCUUAGUCCAAGUACAGCCUCCCCUUACUGUCGCAGGACUAAAAGUGACACAGAACCCCAAAAGUCCCAGCAGAGCUCUGGAAGGACAUCAGGAUCCGAUGACCCUGGAUUAUGUUCCAAUACAGAUUCAACACAAGCACAAAUUUUGUUAGGGAAGAAGAGACUUUUAAAAGCUGAAGCUUUAGAAUUAAGUGACUUAUAUGUUAGUGACAAAAAGAAGGAUGUGUCUCCACCCUUUAUUUGUGAGGAGUUAGAUGAGCAAAAGCUUCAGACUCUAGAUAUCAGGAGUAACUUGGAGCAAGAAAAAUUGGAGAAUUCCAGACCCUUAGAAUGCAGAUCAGAUCCUGAAUCACCUGUCAAAAAAACAAGUUCAUCUCCUACUUCUAAACUUGGAUACUCGUAUAAUAGAGAUGCAGACCUUGCAAAGAAAAAACGUACUUCCCUGAGGCAGACAGAGUCCGAUCCAGAUGCUGAUAGAACCACUUUAAAUCAUGCAGAUCAUUCCUCAAAAACAGUACAGCAUCGAAUGUUAUCCAGACAAGAAGAACUUAAAGAAAGAGCAAGAGUUCUGCUUGAGCAAGCAAGAAGAGAUGCAGCUUUAAAGGCAGGGAAUAAGCAGAAUACCAACGCAGCCACACCACUCUGCAACAGGCAGCUAAGUGAUCAGCAAGAUGAAGAGCGACGUCGGCAGCUGAGAGAGAGAGCUCGUCAGCUAAUAGCAGAAGCUCGAUCUGGAGUGAAGAUGUCAGAACUUCCCAGCUAUGGUGAAACAGCCGCAGAGAAGUUGAAAGAAAGGUCAAAGGCAUCUGGAGAACAAAACAGUAAGUUGAUGGACUUGAAGCUGAAAAAGCUCCUAGAAGCUCAGCCACAGGUGGCAAAUUCACUCUCCAGUGCUGUCCAGAAGGCUGUACCUGAGAGCUCAGAUCAAGACAUUAAGAACGGCACGGAAGAUCUCCGGACUGAGCGAUUACAAAAAGCAACAGAACGUUUUAGAAAUCCUGUUGUGUUCAGCAAGGAUUCUACAGUCAGAAAAACUCAACUUCAGUCUUUCAGUCAAUAUGUUGAGAAUAGACCAGAGAUGAAAAGGCAGAGAUCAAUACAGGAAGAUACAAAGAAAGGAAAUGAGGAGAAGGCAGCGAUAACUGAAACUCAGAGGAAGCCAUCAGAAGAUGAAGUGCUUAAUAAAGGGUUCAAAGACACCAGUCAGUAUGUUGUAGGAGAAUUGGCAGCACUAGAGAAUGAGCAAAAGCAAAUUGACACCCGUGCCGCGCUGGUGGAGAAGCGCCUUCGCUAUCUCAUGGACACAGGAAGGAACACAGAAGAAGAAGAAGCUAUGAUGCAGGAAUGGUUUAUGUUAGUUAAUAAGAAAAAUGCUUUAAUAAGGAGAAUGAACCAGCUCUCUCUUCUGGAAAAAGAACAUGAUUUAGAACGACGGUAUGAGCUGCUGAAUCGGGAAUUGCGGGCAAUGUUAGCCAUUGAAGACUGGCAGAAGACAGAGGCCCAGAAGCGACGCGAGCAGCUCCUGCUGGAUGAGCUGGUGGCCCUGGUGAACAAGCGCGAUGCGCUAGUCAGGGACCUGGAUGCACAGGAGAAGCAGGCCGAAGAAGAAGAUGAGCAUUUGGAGCGAACUCUGGAGCAAAACAAAGGCAAGAUGGCCAAGAAAGAGGAGAAAUGUGUUCUCCAGUAGCUGUCAACCAGAAUCUCUCUCAACAUGUUAGAGUCUUGGGUUCCCAGACCAGAAAAAGUCAGACUUGUUGUUGAUUUAAAACUUCAAAAAUGUUGUUUGGCCUGACUGUACUUCUUUACCACCACCACCACCCAUUUCCCUCCCUCCUUUCCAGAUAAUAUACAGUAGUCCAAAAUAGCUUUGUUUUAAGGAUUUUUUUGUAAGUUAAUCAUUUCUUUGAAAUCAUGUGAACUAGAUUUGCACAGACACCUUGUAUGUGAUUGGUAUUGGAGGUGUUCAAGAAACUGUUCAAAAAGGAAUUUUAAAAAUGCUUCCCUCAUUUUUUGUUGGGAGGAAAAUU